AUGCGUUUCAAUCCCAGAGAUGUUUUUGUUAACGGUACUAUUACCGCAAAUCUAUUCGUUUCCUCAUACAUUGGUACCAUCAGUACCUUACAUUUAUCCCAAUCUUCAAAUGGUUCAUAUUCGCUCAAUACUUUGGCCGUCAACAAUGUCACAAGAGAUAAUCCUUCGUGGUUGCAUAAAGAUCCCCAAAAUGGCAUCUUGUAUUGUUUAAACGAAGGUUUAACUGUCAGUAAUGGAAGUAUCUCAAGCUUCACCAUUGCUGAGAAUGGUACUUUGACUUUAUUGGGAAAUAGUUUGACCAUCAGUGGUCCUGUUAGUUCGGUUCUUUUCAAUCAAGGAAAAGCCAUGGCCGCUGCUCAUUACAAUGGUGCCUCUCUCACCACCCACAAUAUCCAAGCAGAUGGAACUCUCUCCCCCCUUCAAACCAUCACCUUCACCAUGCCCGGUCCGGGACCCGAUCCCCUCAAGAGACAACUAACUCCGCAUCCCCACGAAGCCCUCCUGGACCCAACCGAGAAAUACAUCAUCGUCCCAGAUCUCGGCGCCGAUCUCGUCCGCGUCUUCUCCAUCGAUCCCGUUACCGCUCUUCUAACAGAACUCACUCCCUACAAGGCUCCUCCAGCUAGUGGUCCCCGUCAUGGUGUCUUUCACGUGACGGAUUGUGGUGAUACUUACUUUUAUCUGGUUUCGGAAUUGGCGAAUACGGUGUCGAGUUUUAAGGUGGCGUAUGGAGAGGGCGCUCCGGGAUUGACUUUUACCAAUAUUGAUAGUCAUGGUAUUUAUGGUGAUGAGAAGACACCUGAGGGAGCGGCCGCUGCGGAAUGUCUUUUGACUCCCGACGGAAAACACAUCCUCACCUCCUCCCGCAACGCUACCAUUCUCUCCCUCCCCCAACCCCCCACUCACCCCCUAAACUCCACCGCUCUCCCCUCCGACACACUCCAAACCUGGAGUAUCAACACCGCCUCCAAUGGUACUUACGGCAGUCUCUCCUUCUCACAACUCUUUCCCUCAGGCGGCAUCUACCCCCGUCAAAUGUCGAUGAAUAAAGCUGGGACUCUUGUAGCGGUCGCGUUACAACAGAGCGCGAGAGUGGUAAUUGUAAAGCGUGAUGUGAAGACGGGAUUGUUUGGGGAUUUUGUGGCGGAUGUGCAGGUGGGUGAUUUUAAGGGGGUGGCGGGAUUGGAUGGUCAGGUUACGAGCGUGGUUUGGGAUGAGGUGUAG